UAUGAUUUAACCUCCAAUAAUAGAAUUGAACCAUAGAAUAAUGCAUGUAUGUUUAUUUCUCUAAUAGUUUAACGAUUCGAAUUUCGAAAACCCAUUUAUUAUAAAUAAAACAAACUUAUUGAAUAAAAUGGACGUGACAAAUGAAGAUUCCAUAUCUAAAAAAGGAAGGCAUCGUAAAAAGCAGUUAUAUAAAUCCAUUCUACAACAAAUGGAAUUUUAUUUUAGUGAUUCCAAUUUGUCGAAAGAUAGAUAUCUAUCACAAUUGAUUCAAGAAGAGCCAUUUGUGAAUCUCAAUGAGUUUUUGAAAUUCAACAAAAUCAGAAAGUUGACCCUAAGUAUUGAUGAUCUGAGGAAAGCUAUCAAGAAAUCAGACAUAUUGGAAUUAUCUGAAGAUUUAGAGAAAGUAAAAAGAAAGACAGAAAUUAAAGUAAAAGAAAAUGUUGAUGAUUGCACUAUUUAUGUAGAAAGGAUUGCUGCAGAUUGUACUCAUGAUUUUCUCACAAAUACUUUCUCUGAUUAUGGGCUUGUAACAUAUGUGUCAAUACCUAAAUAUAAACAUAAUAAUAUGAAUAAAGGGUUUGCUUUUGUAGAAUUUGAUUCUGAGGAUGCUGUUCAGAAUGCACUAAAUUACUUUGAGAGUAUAGGAUGUAAAAUGUCUUCAAAUAUUAAUCCGGAGGAUUUGUAUAGCAUAUCAUCAUAUGUAAAAGAACAUGAACUAAAUGAAGAAGAUAAUAGGGGAACUAAAAGGAAACUAUCUGAUGAUGAAGGCAGUGAUUGUAAGAGGAUUAAAAAAGAAAUUGAACAGAAUGAAAAUAUACCAGUUGAAGAAGAUCUGAAAAAAAAAAGAAAGAAGGAACAUAAGAAGAAAAUGUUGAUCAAAGAAUUAGGCUUACAGAUUUUAUCUAAGCAAGAAUGGAAGAAGAUGCGAAAUGGCUAUUUGAAUUUACAAAGGAAGAAGAUGAAGGAAGUUAAAAUGCAUCUCAAUAGUUUUAAGAAUGUAAAAACAACCUCAGAUAAAAUUGAACAAGGCAAUACUAAAAUUUCAGACUCUGAAAAUGUGGAGGAGGCUCCUCCAAAGUUAGAAUAUGUUCCUGGUACUAUUGUGAAAGUGAAACUUUCAGAACCUUGUCAAAGUGAUAAAAAAAUUAAGAUGGAAGUUAAAGCUAUCACAAAAGAUGCUCUUUAUGUAGAUGUACCAUUUUCUUCUGGAAGUGAAGAAAUUUUUGUCAGAUUUCCAUCUAAUGAAGCUGCUGAAAAGUUCUGUACUGAAGAAAUAGGAGCAUUUAGGAAUAUUUUACAAGGAGAAGAAGAGCAAAUGUAUUGGAAGAAAAUAGAAAUUGAUCGAAUUAAUAAAUUUCAGAAAUCAAAAAAGAAACAGAGAGGAAAAGACAAACUAUUGAAGAGAACUGAAAAGCAUUUAGCCAAACAUACACGAUUUGAUGAGAAUGAAUGAAUGUUUUGUAAAUAUCAUCAGUUGUCCUAAAUGAUAAUAAUUAAUUGUAGCCUAUGAUCAUUAAUCAACAAAAUAUAUGAAAAUUGUCAAAAAUUACAUCAAAGUUUAUACAUA